UUGAGCGGGAUCCAAGACUCAAUUUUAUCAUCAUGUGAAAUACAUAAAUGAUAAAAAAAUAAUUCACGUUUAAACACAUUAAUAUGACGAAUAACGCGGUUGUAGAUUUAUUGGAUGAUAGYUCCCAAAGUUCUGUUGAACAUGAAAGAAAAGUUGUGUGUAAGGUUGAAAGCACGAUAAUUACACCACAAAAUCGUCCUCAACAAAAAGUAACUAAGAAGGCUGCAACAACAGUUGGUAAAAGAGCAUUGCAGCCCAUAGAAGAAACAAAAGUGGAUGUCACUCAAUUAACAGUUAUUCCAGACAAUAUACAAACUACGGCGAAGAAAAGGACCACAAAAUUCAAAGAUCCACCUGCAAGUCAAUUACGUAUUGAUAGUUAUUUCAAGAGUUGCUCUAAGUCAUACAAAAUUGAGACUCCUUCAGUAAAGGAGGAGAAGUUGUUUUUAACGGCGCCUGGAAGCAAAAUAACUAAAACUUCCCAAAGAGUUGGUAGAGCCAGAAAUAAAAAAAUUAAAGGGCGAAAACGUCUAUUCACAGAGGGAGACGAUGGCAGCACAACAUCGGUUUCAACACCCAGUGGCUUCUCGGGUAUGAUGUCAACUUCAAAAACAACCAAUCCCAAACGUUCUACCACUGCGAUUGGUACUUCCAAGAGAAAUGAUGCUUCAAAAACAACCGAUAUCAAACGCKGUACAUAUACGAAUGCUUCUUCCAAAAGGACGGAUACUUCAGAAAGAGACGAUGCUUCAAAAMGAGCUGAUCUGAAAUGCUCUUCUUCAUCGAAUGCCACUCUUAGCUCUACCAAACUGACCAAAAGAAAAGCGAAGCCUAAUUCAUUUCAAGAAUUAAUAGAUUUGUGUUCURAUGACGAUUUAGCUGAUAGCUUAGUAACUAAGAAAGCAUUUGUGGCAUCCGGAGAACGAAAUAAGUCUGCUGAUAAGAAAAUGUUUGCCGAUACAUGUGAGAUGCCGCGUUUAGGAAGUGAUUAUAUUAAAAACGACAUGCCCUUUGCAGCAAUGGUAUCUAUACCAAUGCAAGAAAUAUGCGAUAAAAACACCACAAAGAAUUUGAAGGAGGAUGUAGUUCACCACAGAGUUUCGCACUCGUCAAGUUGUUUGACUAAUAACACAUUGUUGCAAACAGAAAUGAAUACAACACAUCCAAAGUACACUGACUGCAAUUUGGAUAUAAAAACAGAAGAAAAUGUGAUACUCGUMAACAAAGACAAGACAUCGAACCAAACUAAAGAAAUAAAUAAUUUAAAGUUAACUAGUAAGAAAGCUUGUUCAAAUACUAUUAUAACUGACGAAAAAAAUGAUAUACAAAUAUCGCAUACUGAGACACCUUCCACUGGUAAAAGCAAACGAGUUCGGAAAUUCCGCAUUUGUCCGCCCUAUAAAAAAGUAGCUGGUACUACUUUUGCGGUUGAUGCUUUCCAGUAUGGACAGAUUUGUGGCAUUACACACUAUUUUCUUACACAUUUUCAUGCGGACCACUAUCAAGGUUUGACGCGCAAAUUCGAAAUGCCAUUGUAUGUGAGCCCAAUAACUGCGAAUUUGGUGCGCGCGUUGAUAUCAGUGGAAAAUAAGUAUAUAAACGAAAUAGAACUGAACAAACCUGUGAUGAUAAAUGAUGUUGAAGUCACUGCAAUCGAUGCAAAUCACUGUCCAGGUGCUGUUAUGUUUAUAUUUAAAUUGUCCACUGGUCGAUGUAUUUUACAUACUGGCGACUUUCGUGCCUCACCUGACAUGGAAUCGGAGCCGACAUUCUGGAAUAAUAACAUUGAUACAAUAUAUCUGGACACCACAUAUAUAGCACAUAAACAUAAUUUUGCUUCACAGUAUGAAAGUAUCGAUCGCGCUAAGAGAAUAAUAAGAGAAUUCCAUGAAAAKCGUCCAACAACACGUGUUUUGUAUGUUUGCGGCUCAUAUGUGAUUGGAAAAGAGCGUUUUUGGACUAAUAUAGCGCAAGAGUUUAAUUUGAAAGUAUGGACGGAGAAGAAUCGAUUGAAAGCUCUGCAAACAAUGGAUUUAGAUGAAGUGCGUGAUUUGUUGUCUGAUGAUCCACAUAAAGCAGAAAUGCAUGUGAUAUCGAUUGCAAAAGUCAGCUAUCAGUCGCUGGUCGAUUACUUUCGACCAUUUAAACAGCAAUAUGAUGCGAUGCUGGCAUUCCGACCAUCCGGCUGGGAGAAGAAUAGCAAACCACAACUGCGUGGUGAAAUAAAUGUCGUAGGCAUUGAGUACUCUGAACACUCGAGUCAUGCGGAGUUGGAACGAUUCGUAACAUAUCUAAAGCCCCGUGAGGUGAUCAGUACUGUGCCCGUGCGGCAGGGUAAUCCAUGCAUUACACCGAAGAUACCAGAAAAGUGGUACAAAUAUGAUAACCUUAAGAAGAGGCAACGCAAUUUCCAGCCUUCGAUUACCAGUUUUUUGAAAAUGCGUCCUCGUCAGCUGGUACAAAAUGUCGCUACCAAACGCACCACGAACUGUCUAACACCGACGAAAUCGCCAGAUUACAGGCUCAAUGAAAUAUCGCAACUGAGUGUACGUGCCAUGGCCACAUGCAUAGAGGUGCAACGAGAUAACAAGUACCAGGCGACUUCACAGAAAGUACCGGCGAUAGUAACUCUAUUUCCUGAGUCAGAAGCUUUAGAGGAUUGGAUGUUGUAGUUAAAUGUGAGAUGUGUUUUAUUGCUGUGCUGCUUGCUCUAUUCUGUGGUACUGCUAUAAAAGAAACUUUGUCAUUAGGUUAAGGUACUUUAGCUUAAAGUUUAACUUUUAUAUGAAAAUUUUUUUUAUGAAAUUAAAAAAUUUAAAUCUAUAAGAAUGA